CUGCGUAUUGAUGCUUUUUUUUUUAAGAAAAUACUUCCUAUACUACACAACUAUUAGCUAAUAUAUUUUUCAAAAGCGUAUUAAAUGCUAAAUAAAUAACAAUAUCCAUAGUUUUCAUUUUUAAAUUUAGGAUUUUAUUAAACGAAUUUUAUUUCCGUAUUUAUUAGUCUAGGUGAAAGCAACGUCCCUAUUUUUCCAGACCAACGAACAGAUUUCACCUCACCUGUUUAACUCCCAGUCAGGCCCCGCUGAACAGGGGCCACAAAAGACACACAGGAUCUAAGACUUGAAUUAUUGAUCACUGGCUGAGUGGGGAAGAAACCUGGGGCUGCUCAAUCCUGGUGACAGACAAUAAAUCCGAAUACCCCAUGGAAAGAUGAAAGGAGUGAGGGAUUAAGUUAGAGCAGAGAGGAAGAGGAGCAUGACAGGGAGGGAGUAAGGUUGGGUUGAUCAGUCUAUGAGCUGCAGACACACUCUUACCAUACACAGGGGAAAUGGGUCCUCAGCUACACUUCAGCAGCACCUACUCAGAGGAGUUCAGUUACCCGGCUCGGGUCAAACCCACCCGGCCCAGACCGUCCUCUGCAUAUCGCAGGAACAAUCCUCAUCCACAACCGGACUUUCUGAUGCCAAGAAUGCUGCAGACAGGAUACGGCUCACGGAAAUACUUUCAGACAACUACUCCUUCUACCACUUUUCUACCUCCAGUCAGACACAUGUCAGUCCAGUAUCCAGAUGCACAAACAGCACAUGGACAGUCAAUGCAGAGCUCAUCACAAAGAGAUUACAAAGCACCUGUGGUCUCGUCUGCAGUUUGUACACUGCCACCUGCUGCCUGCUUUCUCAAACCACAACCAAACAACUUUGCUCAUGCAACAAUCUCAAACACACAAGGGAAAUAUUCAGAAACAGAUCAUAUCAGAUCAGCUUGGAACCAGCAGAUGGAGAUCAUGCCAUCUUUAAAAGCCUUCAAACACCAGGGUACCCAUCAUCAAAGAUCGCGCUCAAAAUCCACUACUGAUUGCAGUGAAGGAAACAGCUGUUUCUAUGUGGUGAAGCCAUAUAAAGUCGGACACUACAUCAUCCACCCAGAGUUUGUGUCAGAAGCAAAGCACUACUAAAAGCCACAUUGUUUGGGCAUUUUAUAUCUAUUUUUUUUUCCCAUUUAUUGUCAGUUUAUAAAUGUCAUUUUACAGUGUAUUAUUGAGGUACGUUAUGUGUUUGGAGAUCCUGCCUUGAGAUCUAAAUGUGCAUUACAUGACAAAUAAACAACGUUUAUGAUGUGCCUGUUAAA